GUGGAGCGGAGAGGCGGGUGGUGGGAAGCCAGGAGGAAAAACAUUAGCCCUCAUUUCUUUUCACUUAAGAGGAGAUUUCUUGUUUCUUUCCAGGACUGCAGCAGCUGGCGACUCGCAGCCCGGCCGCAGGACGCACCGCACAGAGCCAGGACGCACGACUGAUAUGAUGGAUAGAUAGCAGGAAGAAGAGCAGGAAGAGAAGAUGACAUUCUGGACUGGCAUGGACUGUUUUAGGAAGAAAGAGAGAGAGCUGGAAAGGAAACUCCGCGCCAACGACCGCGAGUACAACCUCUCCUUUAAAUAUGCGACAAACGCCAUCAAGACCUCGAAGUACAACCCCUUCACCUUCCUACCUCUUAACCUGUUCGAGCAGUUCCAAAGGAUUGCUAAUGCCUACUUCCUGUUUCUGCUGGUGCUCCAGGUGAUUCCUCAGAUCUCCUCUCUGUCGUGGUUCACCACAGUCGUGCCUCUGGUCCUCGUGCUGACAGUCACCGCUGCCAAAGAUGCCACCGACGAUAUCAAUCGCCACAGGAGCGACAAUCAAGUCAACAACAGAAAAGUUCAAGUCCUGAUUGACAGAAAACUGCGGAGCGAGAAAUGGAUGGAUGUCCAGGUGGGAGACAUCAUCAGGCUGGAAAACAACCAGUUUGUCACCGCCGACCUCCUGUUGCUCUCCAGCAGUGAACCACUCAACUUGGUGUACAUUGAGACAGCAGAACUGGAUGGAGAGACUAACCUGAAGGUGAGACAGGCCCUGACUGUGACAGGAGACCUGGGAGAAGAUAGCGAAAAACUGGCAGACUUCAACGGCGAGGUACGCUGUGAACCCCCCAACAACCGCCUCGACCGCUUCACAGGAACGCUAACCUACGUCGGUCAGAAAUACCCGCUGGACAACGAGAAGAUCCUGCUGCGAGGCUGCACCCUGAGGAACACCGAGUGGUGCUUUGGACUCGUGCUGUUUGCAGGUCCAGAGACGAAGCUGAUGCAGAACUCUGGGAAAACUACGUUUAAGAGGACCAGUAUAGACCGACUGAUGAAUGUCCUAGUCCUUUGUAUUUUUGGUUUCCUGGCCUUCAUGUGCACCAUCCUUGCAAUAGGAAACUGCAUCUGGGAAAUGAACGAAGGCUCACAGUUCAUGAUCUUCCUGCCCAGACAAGACGGCAACAACGCUGCCUUCUCCGCCUUCCUCACGUUCUGGUCCUACGUCAUCAUCCUCAACACCGUGGUGCCCAUCUCUCUCUAUGUUAGUGUGGAGAUCAUUCGGCUGGGGAACAGCUUCUACAUCGACUGGGACAGGAAAAUGUACUUUGCACGGUACGACACCCCCGCCGAGGCUCGCACCACCACGCUAAACGAGGAGCUCGGCCAGAUCAAGUACAUCUUCAGUGACAAAACAGGGACGCUCACCCAGAAUAUCAUGACUUUCAACAAGUGCUCCAUCAAUGGCAAAUCUUACGGGGAUGUUUAUGACUACACAGGUCAAAGACUAGAAAUUACUGAGCAUACAGAGACGGUGGACUUCUCCUUCAACCCGCUGGCCGACCCCCGCUUCAUGUUCCACGACCACGCCCUGGUGGAGGCGGUGAAGCUGGAGGACCCAGAGGUGCACGCCUUCUUCAGACUGUUGGCCCUCUGCCACACCGUCAUGGCCGAGGAGAAGAAAGAAGGUGAGCUUUUCUAUCAGGCCCAGUCUCCAGAUGAGGGAGCACUGGUAACAGCGGCCCGAAACUUUGGAUUUGUCUUCCGCUCGCGCACACCAGACAGCGUUUCCAUCGUGGAAAUGGGGGAACAGCGCAGCUAUGAACUCCUGGCCAUCUUGGAUUUCAACAACGUCCGCAAGAGAAUGUCCGUCAUAGUUCGGAGUCCAGAGGGGAAGCUCUGUCUCUACUGUAAAGGUGCAGACACAAUCAUCUAUGAGAGGCUGCAUCAGUCCUGCAGCAAGCUGAUGGACGUCACUACAGAGCACCUUAAUGAGUUUGCAGGGGAGGGCCUGCGGACUCUGGCGCUGGCCUAUAAGAAUCUGGAUGAGGAGUAUUUCAACCAGUGGAAACAGCGCCACCAUGAGGCCAGCACCGAGCUUGACAACCAAGAGAGCAAACUGGACGAGCUGUACGAGGAGAUAGAGAAGGAUCUGCUGCUGCUUGGAGCAACAGCCAUAGAAGACAAGUUACAAGACGGAGUACCUCAGACUAUUGAGCAGUUGUCCAAAGCCAACAUCAAAAUCUGGGUUUUGACUGGUGACAAGCAAGAAACUGCAGAAAACAUUGGGUACUCGUGCAACUUACUGCGGGAGGAGAUGAACGACGUCUUUAUCGUCUCGGGCAACUCACCUGAGGAUGUCAGACAGGAACUCAGAAAUGCACGGACCUCCAUGAAACCAGUUGAGGAUUCAAUGUUUCUGCCAGAAAGGACUCUGGGUAAAGGUGUGAAAGUGAUCGCAGACGAGUUGGUAAAUGGAGAGUACGGCCUGGUCAUCAACGGACACAGCCUGGCGUACGCCCUGGAGGGCAGCAUGGAGCUGGAGUUCCUGAGGACGGCGUGUAUGUGUAAAGCAGUGAUCUGCUGCCGGGUCACUCCUCUGCAGAAGGCUCAGGUGGUCGAGCUGGUCAAGAAGUACAAGCAGGCGGUCACACUGGCCAUAGGAGAUGGAGCCAACGACGUCAGCAUGAUCAAAGCUGCUCAUAUAGGCGUGGGCAUCUCAGGCCAGGAGGGCAUGCAGGCUGUGCUGUCCAGCGACUACUCCUUCGCCCAGUUCCGCUUCCUGCAGCGCCUCCUGCUGGUGCACGGCCGCUGGUCCUACCUGCGCAUGUGCAAGUUCCUGCGCUACUUCUUCUACAAGAACUUCACCUUCACCUUCGUCCACUUCUGGUACGGCUUCUUCUGCGGCUUCUCUGCACAGACGGUGUAUGAUGAGUGGUUCAUAACACUCUACAAUCUGGUGUACACAGCACUACCUGUCCUGGGAAUGAGUCUGUUUGAUCAGGAUGUGAACGACGUGUGGAGUUUCCAGCAUCCUCAGCUCUACAUUCCCGGUCAACUCAACCUAUACUUCAGCAAGAAGGCCUUCUUCAACUGUGCUCUCCACAGCUGCUACAGCUCCAUGGUGCUCUUCUUCAUCCCUUACGCAGCCAUGCACAACACCGUGAGGGACGACGGGAAGGACGUUGCCGACUACCAGUCCUUCGCUCUCCUCACCCAGACGUGUCUGCUGUUUGCCGUCACCAUCCAGUUAGGGUUGGAGAUGUCCUACUGGACAGCGGUGAACACUUUCUUCGUGAUGGGCAGCCUGGCCAUGUACUUUGCCGUCACGUUCACCAUGUACAGCAACGGCAUGUUUCUCUUGUUGCCGUCAGCCUUCCCUUUCUUAGGAACAGCCCGUAACUCUCUGAACCAGCCCAACAUUUGGCUGACGAUCCUCCUCACCUCCAUCCUGUGUGUCCUUCCUGUGGUUACCUACCGCUUCCUGUUAAUUCAGCUCUGCCCCACCAUCAAUGACAAGGUGAUGUUCAAGGUAAGACGGGCCAAAGCAACACCGGCCCCCCCGCCUCUACGCACCCGCAUCCGCCGCACCAGCUCCCGUCGCUCAGGCUACGCCUUCUCGCACGCGCAGGGCUACGGGCACCUGGUGACUUCGGGACGGUUCUUGCGGCGUCCUGCUUUGUCGGCAUCUUCAGGUUUCGCCAACAUAGGUCGCACCACAACUGGGUUCAGUCCCAUGGGACGAUCGGCUGGAUACAGCCCGACAGGACGCCCCCAGAACGCCAAGGUCCCAGAUGUGGAGGUGACGUCGCUGCAGAUGUACAGGACUAUCAGAGAUCCUGUCUUCUGACGGACAGCUGGUUAUCUUCAAGAUGGAACAUCUGGGAGAAGGAAUAAUGCAAGCUAAACAGCUGGAUGCCCCUGGUGCUUUUAAGCUCCCAUUUGUUACCAUGAGGAACUUGCUUGGGCUUUCCAGAGAGAGAGAGAGAGUCAAGGAUUUUAACGAAAAUCUGUCCAAUCACCUAAAAGUGCACGACUUUUGCUCCAAGCAUUUCAUUUUGUAAAAGUUUUAUCAAAGGGAACUACAGCAAAAUGUGUCGCCACUUCUGAUGGGUACAUGGAUCACUUUCCUCAGAUCAUGAGUAUUCAUGUAAAACAUGCCUCAUGCAGAGCUAACAGAUGAACUCUUUCUGACACAAAAACCAGUAACAGGGUGAUUCACUUUCAGACUGGAACAACCACAGAGGGGAAACAUUUUGGCUUCAUGAGAAGGACAAAGUGUCAUCAUGUUUACAGACUACCACGAUUUCCUUAACCCUGGGAGUCUAGAUGCACAGCAGGAUACAACCAGCAAAGCCAUUUUGCAUAAGAAUAUUUAAAUUUUGUACUUUUUAAGCUUUAAGCUGUUAGCCCUUUGGCAGCAUCACAUGGCAGCGGGGGAUAACUUAAUGUCUGGAAGAUCAUGAAUGUUUCAAAAAGUGCUCCCAACAAAUGUUCAUCUUCUCAGAGGAAGAGAUGUUAUGGCAAGCAUUGUUGGUCAAUCCAGCAUUUGUUGGAAAUGUUUCUUUUUACAGUAUGUAUUUUUCAUCACUUUAUGUGUGCUGAAAGAAUUUCAUGCUACUUAAAUGAAUUUAGGAGAAGAAAACAGAUCAUUUUUGUGUAGCAGACCCUAUUUUUGAUUUACAGCUAAACCACAGGGACAUUUAAAUUACAAUCUAAAGGACCACUGUGUAAUCGGACAUACUUUAUACUUAAAGGGUUUAUGAGUUUUAAGUAAUAAUUUUAUUAUUGGUUAGAAUAAAUAAAUAAAUGAAAUAUAAUUGCUUUACAGAUAAGAAAAAAGCUAUUAAUAAGAACAGUGUUUGGACUGGACUGCCAGGUUGUAAAAAUGUAUAUAACUUUCUCUGUCUUUUCAGAUAACUCCUCUGUGCAGCUUGACAGGUUAUUCUGAAGUGAGAAACCUAAAAAGUCUUUAUUUAUAACAUCAGCCCUGAUGGCUAAUUAGGAGUCAUAAAGGUCAUUUCUUUACAGAUACAAUUAAUAGUAAGUAAUAAAUAAAACAGUUCUUAUACUUUAGUAAUCCGUCAAGUAUGGCGUUUAAUAAUUUAUUCUUAAGUGCACUGCUAUUAAUAAUAUUAAAACUAUUUAUUAUAGUAGUUUAAAUGAAAUUUGUCGUUAAAAGAGAGAUAAUGGUGCCGGGCCCCAAAAAAAGGAUAAUAAUAAAAUAAAUAAUUGUAAUUAUAAAGUUCUUGAUAAAUGGAUUUUGGUCUGUAAGAUCUGCAGUUCUGCAUGUGAUUAAACUGAUGGAUUAGUCUUCCUGUAUGAUAAAUAAAUGAAAGCAUGUGAAAAGAUGGAGAAAGUUAUGCUGCUGGAGGAUAUACAGUACACCAUCCAUCAGCCAUACCAACUCAUCCUGUGUAGGGUCGCUGGGGAGCAUAUCCCAGCAUGCACUGGGCGGGUUCACCCUGGGCAGUUUCACACUCACACCUACGAGUGAAUUUAGAGUCCCCAAUCAACACGACUUUCUUUGGCUUUUAUUUUUUUACAAUCUGGCAACGUAAAAGUUGCUCCUGAUUGAUUCCUGAUCUGAACAAUUUAUAAAGAAUGCCUUAUUACAAAGUGGUACCAACAUUUUCUACAGUGCAUCUUUAUGCAUUGUAGUGUAAUGUACCUCAGUGUUAUGGUCUUGGGUUUACAUUUUGAGUUGUUUUCCAACUCUAGCAACUGAGAAUCUAAGGCCCUGUUUAAGCCUACUGUGUAGCCCAGGGAUAUAACCAGAUCAUGUCUAGAUCCAGUUUAGAGGGAUAGUAGUUCAAAUAUGUGUACCAGAAUGUGUCUUAAAUGCUCCUUGAGUGACCACUUGAGACAAAAUUCAGCAUCCCUACCGAUAAAUAUGGAAAACUGCACAUUUUCACCUCAUCAAACAGCAUGAGAAGUGGGCUACGCCGACCGUACAGACGUUAAAGAUUGUCUGAGUUGUUGCUGUAGAAAAAUCAGCCACAUCUACCUGUGUUUGGGAGAUUUAUUGUACUGUACAGACACUACACAGUUGACUGGGUGAUCCUAUAAUCCAUUCCUUUUAGUGCUGAGUGUGGGCAGAGCCUAAAAAACACUGCUUAGACAAUUCCCAUGAACUUUUAAUCUUGCAGAACAUAAAUCAUAAUGAUUUUAUACCCUAUUUUAAAAGCAGAUACUGUAUCACAUCGUGCAUAGUCAUUAUUUCAAAAUCAUGUAUUUGCUUUAGCAACAAGCUUGCUGCUUUACGUCUGACAAUCAACUUGGUAGUUAGCUGUAUUUCUAAUUUUAAUAAGUAGUGUAUCUUAUCUUGUUUCCAACAUCUUUCUCUCUUUAGUUCACUGAAAAUAUGAGCUAGCGUAGAAGGACACACAGAAGCUGCCUUAAUAUUAAAGAAAACAAAAGUCCUAUGUUAUGCAAUGCAGAGACAACAGUGACAAGAAUGUUUGAUGGAAGAUAAGGAUGUUACAAAAAAAAUGUAAGUUAAGCACACAUAUUAUUCCAUACAGGUGUUAUUUUUUUAAAUGUUGUGUUUCUUGUUUCAACCUGAAGAUGAUAGCUGGUCCGUGGGAUCAAUCAUUCAUUUAUUCUUUGGUGUGUGACGGUAUAAAGAAUGGGCCAAAAUGUAAUUCAUUUUAUAAUUAAGCAAUAAUGCUAUUUUAAUGUUUAAUAGUUCCCUAUAUUCUUUCUUUUCCGUGCCUUGAGGUAUACUUGGAUGUGCAAUUAGUGGUUUAAUUCACUCAUCAGUUUUUCAUCUACGGUUCAAUUUAAACCAUUAACACGGCUGAUGGAUGCCUUGACAUUAUAAACUGUGGUGUUUUUAUCUGAACGUCUGUCACCACAAUGAGAUUCAGUGAGUUGUUGCCCAGAAUUGAAUGUACUAGCCCACUAAGCCUGGUGGUGAACCAAAGAUAUUUUUUUCAAGGUUUUGCGUGUCAUAGUUCACUCUAAAGUGAAAAGGUUGCUCAUCAAACAGAAUCUGAUGCUGGAGGUCAGUGUGAUGAAGCUGGUUUGCACCACUGACAACUUACUUAUUACUUACAAGUGUUUUUUAUGGAAUAAUGUAAAAGUUUGAAUAUGCAGAAGAGCCAUUUAUUACUGUUGCUGUAAUUGAAUCUUUGUCCAGUUGUGUGUAAAUCAAGCUCAAAAUCAAGUUUUGUUGUGUGUUUUCAGUGUUUUGAGGAAGGAUCUGGUAAUCCAGUUGUUAGAUCUUUGUUAGAUGUCCGAUGUUACCAAUUUGAUCGUAGCGGGGUCCGUUUCACAGAAGCAAUCUGUAAGCCGUGCUUACUUACAGAUCACAGAUGGUGAAUGAAAACUUUAUAUUUAUCAGUAUAUCAUAUAUCUUUUGCACUGAAGACAGAAACUGUAACAUAAGGGAUUUUUGAUAACUUUUUCUCAAACGUGGCAAAAGUAUUCAGUGAUUUUUGCUCUACUCUUACUGAUAAGCAUUUUGUAUCAUUUUGUACUAAAAAAUAAAUGUUACUGCAAUACAAUUAC